GCUAAAACCCCAUUGUCGUCCACUGUUAGUCAAAAUGGCGGACGCAGGUUCUGAUUCUGCCCAAGAGGUCGGUUCUGAGGCUAGCACACCGAGCAGCAGCAAGCGGGUGAUGUCUCUGCUCAGUGUGCUGGAGAUCUCGGUGACGGAGCCGGAGCGCCGGACGGGCGUGACCGCCAUUAACAUGAAGGAGACGUACACGGUGUACCUGGUGGAAACAAGGAUCACAGACAUGAAGUCAGAACUGCUGCCAGAGACCUUCACGGAUGAGACCUUCUCCCUGUGGCGGCGCUACAGCGAGUUUGAACUGCUGAGGAACUACCUGUGUGUGACCUACCCUGCCGUGGUCAUCCCGCCACUGCCCGAGAAAAAGAUCCACAUGAUGUGGCAGAAGUUGUCUGGAGGGGAGGACAAGUUUGACCCUGACUUUAUCGAGCGCCGUCGAGCUGGGCUGGAGAGUUUCCUCCUGAGAGUGGCGGCACACGGCCAGCUGUCCCAGGACAAAAUCUUCCACAGUUUCCUGCAUCAGGGUGAAGGUUGGAAGGAAGCAGUCUUGGCUACUGGCUACCAGAACAAAAUGGAUUCCAGGCUGAAGACACUCAAUGCCCAAUUCAGACUGAAGAACCCAGAUAGACGUUUCCAGGACCUGAAGAACUACAGCAGUGAGCUGGAGGCUAACAUUGCCAACUUGCUGAAGAUCAGGGAGAGGCUGGCGGAGCGGCUUUACGGGAUCCACAAGAUCCACGCUAACUACGGGCGUGUGUUCAGCGAGUGGAGCGGUAUUGAGAAGGAGAUGGGGGAUGGACUGCAGAGUGCCGGACACUUCAUGGACGUAUAUGCAGCUUCCAUAGACUCCAUGUUGGAGGAGGAGGAUACGUAUGCUGAUGCCCUGAAGGAGUAUCUGUACUUUGCGGAUGCUCUCAGGUCCAUCUGUAGGAAACAGGAACUGCUCCAGUAUGAAGUGGAGAAGUUGGAGGACAAGUUGGUUUAUCUGAGUUCACAGAAACAGCAGAUGGAGCAGGGGGUUGAUGUGAAGAGUGGUUUCUCCCUAAAAGGAAUGACCACCAAACUAUUCGGUGCCGACACUCCAGAAGUAAGAGAAAAGAAGAUCAAACAACUGGAGGAACAGAUCCAACAGACUGAGGAGCAGCUUCAGGCUGCCAAAUGGGAACUCAGCACCUACAUUGAGCGGUCCCUUCAGGACGUGGAGCGGUUCAAGCGUCAGAAGGUCCGCGACCUACGGGAGAUCUUCAUCAACUACUCCAUCAUGCAGAUCAAACUCUGCAAAAAGGGUAUCUCCUUGUGGAACAAUACCAAGGAAUGCUUCACCAAGAUGUGACCUUUCACCUUUGACCCUGUGCAAUAAAUACUCACCUUCAGUCCAACUGUCCAGUUUAAGUCCUGUGAUAUUGUUAUUAUUGUGAAUCAUUUUUUGCGGUAUUUUUAAAUUCAGUUUUCAAUACGUUCUUUACCGUGAACAAAUAAUUUGCCGACUUUCUUUUUGCUGCACUUGCCGCCACUGCGAAUAUGUUUAGUUUUCUCAGACUGCGAUCUUUUGCUGCCCCAAACAUGAACUGAUUUACAGUAUUACAAAAGGAGAUAGCUGAAACUAUAAUUUUCUUUGGCAGUUCUAUAACUAUAAUCAUUGAUGUUACAGGCAGUUUUUAAGUCUUGUGUCUUUGGUAAAAUGCAAUUUAUAGCCUUAGAAGCUUGGAUAUUUUGGCAUUAGACAAGUUGUUAAACACAACAGACACAGAAACAAAUAUAUCUCACAGAAGGCCCUCCAUAAAAUACCUGAGGAAUUACAUUAAAUAUAUUUCUUAGUUAGGAAAAUUGCCACUACAAGUGGUUGUGCUUGACAUUAGUAUGUUGUUUCAUGGUGUAAGUGAAGACAACAGUGCAAAAUGGCUAGUUGUAGUGAUUAAAAAGGGGUUAGAGGACAUUUUACUCACUCAAACAGCCACAUAUAAUUAUUAUAAUAUAAUGAUUGUCUCCACUCCAGUUGCUACAUAAGUACAUGUAGUUGUGUUAAAGAAUAAUGUUUGUAAUGUAUCAGUGUCAAAUGUCAGUGACUUGCAGAUGGUACGUCUUUAAUUUGUAAGGUUGUAUAGUGUGACAGUGCUAAGUAAUAGUUUUAAAUG